AUGGAAAACAUCUACCAGAACUUUCGCUGCCGCGAAAGCCUCAUCUCUAGCGGUACUGUAUCGCGUAAGACUAGCACUAUUUUAGAAUACACCCCCAAACACACUUACAUAAUCAAUAAGCCUCCCACUCAUCUCGAGCAAACUAACGUUAGUUAUUUAACUGAAAGUGUCGCCUCAGUACCCGUAGAAAUGUUUAGUAUUUCUGUAGACUUAGGAACUAAAACCUUAACAGGUAGUCUACCUAGAAGUUCUUUUUCUGAUAAUACUGAUCAAACUGGCGCUUUCAAAGCUGAACUUAACAAUAGCUUGCUGCAGAAGGACGCUCCUAAAUUUACACCCGUGCCUGAGCAAAAGUCGCAACCCCAACAACUCACACAAGCUCCACCACAGUCGGUAGCACAAACUCAGAACGUGCCGCCGACUCAACAAAUACCUCAAAGUCACCAACCAGUGCCACAAACUCAGCAUCAACCUGUGCAAGUGCCAUCUCAACAGCCGUUGCUUCAACCAUCGCAACAGCAACAAUAUACUCAACCUUCUCAACCGCAGCAAACAUUGCCUCUACAACCUAAGCAGCAAUUACAGACUCAACAACAGUUGGAGUCUCAGCACCAACAAAUGUCAACUCAGCAACACCAGUUGCCGACUCAGCAUCAACAGAUACCGACUCAGCAACACCAGUUGCCAACUCAGCAGCAAGUGACUUCUCAGCAGCAGCAGCAACAGUUUACGCAACAGCAACAAUUAUCGCAGCAACAACUGUUACCGCAUUCGCAUCAACAGCAUGUACCCCAGCACCAAUUGCCUCAACAACAGCAGUCACAGUUGUUGCAACAACAUCAACCACAGUCACAGUUGCUCCAGCAACCUCCGUUAUCACAAUCGCAGCCUCCUUUGCCACAGUAA